AUGAUGCUGGCAAAAAUGUGGAAAGAAACGUUACUGAUUAUUUUUUGUUUUAUAAAAUAUGUAACAUCGCAAGGACAAGGUUUACAGUGGGUUUUGUUAACAGAUGGUGUUUCACCAGACACGCCCACUGGUAGACGUGAUGCUGCUAUGGGCUAUGAUUCGACAUUUUUAAUCAUCUAUGGUGGCCGAGGAUUGACCGGUCAACCGUUACAAGAUACAAGCGCAUUUAAUUUAUUACAAGGUGGAUGGGAACCACUCUAUUUUCAAAAUCCACCAAGUAGCCGAUAUGGAAUGGCCUAUGCGAGUCCAAGCAGUUAUACGCUAAAUAGUGGAAUGUAUGUAUUUGGUGGUUUUGGUUAUCAACAAUCAACGUACAAUAAUAAUCCUUAUACUGGUUACGGAAGUGUAGGUUCGAAUCAGAUGAAUUAUAACCCUGCGCAAAAUCCAUCUUUAAUAAACAAUCAAAAUUACAAUCCGACGAACGGAGACGUGAACAAUGAUCAAAAUUAUCAACCACUACAAGAUUCAUGGUUUUUAAACUUCCAAAGUAAACAAUGGCAACAAUUGCAGACGACGUCAUAUAGUCGUGGAUUUGGAUCUGCUGCUCUAUCUCCAUUUGGUUCUAUGUAUGGAUCAAGUUAUUCAUCGCAACCAAGAGUCAUUGUUACUAUGGGAAAAACAAGAGAUUGGAUGUAUUCAAAUGUCGAUUCCGUAGGAAGCGGAAAUACGGGAUUUAGUGUAAACGGCGUAUCACAAACAGCAUCAAUAAUGCAAAACAUGCCAUCAUUCAAUCCUAGUUAUGCUCAUGCCAGAUAUGGUCAUUCAACAACAAUGUUGACUAAUAAUCUAAUGCUUUUGUAUGGUGGAUGCUUAAGUGGUUAUGGAAAGGGUGGUCCCUGCCCAUCGAAAGAUACUUGGCUAUUAAAUAUUGACAAUGGUCACUGGGAACGCAUUUCCGAGUGUCCACCAACAAAGAUGGGAGCUGUCAUGGCUACUGUACCGUCAUACAGUACAUGUGCGUCGCCAUACGGAGGAUUAAAUCAAAAUAUGGGUCAAGAUCAAACGGUCGCUAUUCUAUGGGGUGGACUGGAAAGCAAUCCAUCGUCAAUUGCUACGUAUCCCAGCCCAAGAGAUGAAGUAGCUGUUUUCAGUUUAAACCAAAAACAAUGGUUAAUGAAGAAAGCAAGACCCUAUACGGAUGGCAGUUAUCCAUUACCUCGUCAAGGAGCUGCCUUUUCUGGCGGCUGCUUUCAAGGACUACCAGGUGUGUUUGUAUUCGGUGGAAGAAGCAACAAUGAUGGUCGUCUUCUCAAUGAUCUAUGGUUUUUACAAGCAGCAUCUCAAGAUGCGUUGAAUGCACCAGUAUCACGUGGUUGUGUUUAUCCAUUUUCUUAUUAUCAUCUCCAUGGAAUAUUUCAGUUUUUUACGUAUGGUGUCAUUUUUCCAUUUGGUUUUAUUGUUGGACGACAUGCACCCGUUACGAACACACGUAAACUAUUGCAUAUGUUUUUGCAGAUAUUCGGCUUCCUUCUUGCCAUUUGUGGUUUCGCAUUCGGUGUUCACUCCGUACGAGCUCCGUCAUGGCUACAUUUUAAACAUGCACAUGCUAUUAUUGGAAUUAUUACGUUUAUUCUAACGAUUAUUCAGUUUGUAGUGGGUUUAAUUGGUGCAAUGUUUGUUAAAAGAAGUAAUGGUAAUGUUAAGAAAAAAGAAGUAUCAAUAAAGAAAGUUAACCAAGAGGAAUGGCGAGGCUACAAGCCAUGGCGACUGGCUCAUGGAUUACUUGGCACGUUAGUUUUAUUACUCGGUCUCAUUAAUAUAUCACUUGGGGUAUUUUUGGCUGUUUUACCGUUACCCGUAUGGAUAAUCUGGUUUAUUUAUAUGGGUAUCUUAGUCAUCAUAUUAGUGCUGUUAGAAAUCAAAAAACUAUUAGUACCGAAAGAAAAAGCUCGACCACCAAUACAUGGUAGAGAAUCGAAUCAGAGUCUAAAUUCUUCAGAAGAUCCACACCAAACUAAACGUCCAAUCACCGGACGCUUUCAACCAUCUUCUGGUGAUAAUGGAAGUUUCAGACGUGAUAAUGUACCAUUGCUAGACUCAGAGUCUAUAACCCGAGAUCCCAGACAACGACCAAAUGAUGUGACAGGAGCUGCAAGUCUGCCACAGUAUAAUAGACCAAUGGAAAGAGAUCAUCGUCCUCGUCAACCACCACAGCCACAUCAAAGAGGAAAAGAUGUUAGUUUCGAUUAUUAUGUUGGUUAUGCACCGGAACACGAAACAGCGAUGCCGUAUGUUAUUUACUGA